AUGAACUACGACUGGAUCCUCGACGGGGGAUAUCUCCCAAAUGCUGUAAUUCGCCUUGGUAUUCGUCGCCAAUUGCGUGAGCGCAUUGAGCUGAUCAAAAGUACCUCUUUGGAAGAAGCCUACGAGCGCAAAAUGAGCUAUGUAGAGCUUCUUCGAAGUCGUCCUAUUGCCAUUGAGACGGCUGCUGCCAAUGAACAGCAUUAUGAGGUUGGGACUGGUGUUCUUGCUGCUUGUUUGGGACCGAGAAUGAAAUAUAGUUGUUGUUUGUAUCCGAAAGGGAGUGAAACGCUGGGUCAGGCAGAAGUGGAAAUGCUGGGGACUUAUGUGAAGAAGGCGGGGUUGCAGGAUGGGAUGAGUAUUUUGGAUCUUGGAUGUGGUUGGGGCUCUGGAGCAUUAUAUUUUGCGGAGGUUCUCCCAAAUUCGAAGAUCACGGCCUUUUCGAAUUCGAGAACCCAGAAGCUUUACAUUGAUGAGAAAGCUAAAGAGAAGGGACUCACAAACCUGACAGUUAUCACUGGGGAUGUCGUCGAAUAUGAGUUUGAGAAAGAGAGCUUCGACAGAGUUGUAUCCAUUGAACUCUUUGAGCAUAUGAAGAACUAUGAACUACUAAUGUCAAAGGUUGGAAGAGCCUUGAAGCCAGGAGGAAAAUUAUUUGUCCAUAUCUUUGCUCACAAGACCACACCUUACGACUUUGAGGAGGGAUGGAUGAGCACACACUUUUUCUCUGGAGGUACCAUGCCGUCUGCGGAUUUGUUGUUAUUCUUCCAGAAAGACCUCAAACUUGAGAGGCAAUGGUGGGUAAAUGGUCAACAUUACGCAAAGACUUGCGAGGAUUGGCUGUCAAAGAUGGUAGCUAGCAAGCCGGAAAUUUGGCCUCAUCUAGUAGAAACAUAUGGCGAGAAGGAUACCGCGAUGUGGUAUUACCGUUGGCAGAUUUUUUACCUCGCGUGCGCCGAAUUGUUUGCCUAUGAAGGUGGAGAUACCUGGGGUGUGUCCCACUACUUAUUUGAGAAGCCUAGCUCUGCGUAA